AUGCUUUCAUCCACUGACCAAUCCAAACUCAUGCGCAGAGGGCUGCGGUCACGUUACAGUCACGGGAUUGAAAAAUCCCAGUAUUUCGGUGCAAUUAUGUGGGUCACAAAAUCCAAUUUCAACGUCGUGGAUAGAUCACUCGGCUUCAGAGUUGGGCAAGGACGAUUUACCGGAACUAUCGAGCCAAAUCCUGGUCACGGAAGUACAAUUGCCACAGGCAAGGCUGGACUAGAAACAUCCGAAGUAAGACAGCUCGCAAGAGAAGGCAGAUGGGUGGCAAAUCGCAUCGCGAGCACCGAGAUUGAGCAGCUCGCCAAUGCUGAGGAACUGAAGGCUGCCUUGCUCGAGUUGCUAUGGAUUCUGUACACCAUCUUCUCGUCGAAAAACCCCCUCUUCACCAAGAAAGGCCGAAAUUUCGAGCACCUCGACCAGACGAAGCGUGCCACGUCAGUCAGUCUCCGAGCUUUAGUGCAGCUGCACGGGUUCGACAGUAGGUGCACCGUACCACAGUCAGUAUCUGCCAUGGCUGAUGUACAGAGCCGACAUCCUAUCAUAUUGGCCGAGGAAGGCAGGCAAAUGAAGAUAAACCCUGCACCCGAGCGGGGACAAAUGCGGGAUUAUUCGUCUGCAGAUGUGGGAGAUCAGCUGAAGAGAAUCAGUCCCUAA